CCCAUUGGUCUAUAAAAUCACCGGCUCCUCCAGACCGACGCAGCGAGUCUUCUGCGUUCCCACUUUUGCUCUGGUUCUCUUCAAGUCGGCCUUCGGCGCCGUCAUGGAUCUCACCGCCAUCUACGAGAGCCUCCUGUCGCUGAGCCCUGACCUCCCAUCCGACCAUGGAGAUAUUGAGUCCAGUCCUGGCUGGGCCUCCCCAGGACUCUGGAGCUUCAGCUCAUCCAACUCCAGCCCAGCUGGGGUUGCUGCCCGCCUACCUGGCCGGUCCACCAGCCUGGUGGAGGGUCGAAGCUGUGGCUGGGUGCCUCCACCCCCAGGUUUUGCACCUCUGGCUCCCCGCCCAAGUACUGAGCUGUCACCUUCACCUACUGCGACCCCCACCACCUCAUCCCGAUACAAGACUGAGCUGUGCCGGACCUUCUCAGAGAGCGGGCGCUGUCGCUAUGGGGCUAAGUGCCAGUUUGCCCAUGGCCCAGGCGAGCUGCGCCAGGCCAGUCGCCACCCCAAGUACAAGACGGAACUCUGCCACAAGUUCUACCUCCAGGGCCGCUGCCCCUAUGGUUCACGCUGCCACUUCAUCCACAACCCCAGUGAGGACCUCGCUGCCCCUGGCCACCCCCAUGUGCUGCGCCAGAGCAUCAGCUUCUCAGGCCUGCCCUCGGGCCGCCGAUCCUCGCCACCACCAGCAGGCCUGGCAGGCCCUUCUCUGUCCUCCUGCUCCUUCUCGCCCUCCAGCUCCCCACCACCACCACCUGGGGACCUUCCACUUUCACCCUCUGCCUUCUCUGCUGCCCCUGGGACCCCUGUGGCCCGAAGGGACCCCACACCAGCCUGUUGCCCCUCCUGCCGAAGGGCUACCCCCAGCAGCGUCUGGGGACCUGUGGGUGGCCUGGCUCGGAGCCCCUCUGCACACUCCCUGGGAUCUGAUCCCGAUGAAUAUGCCAGCAGCGGCAGUAGCCUGGGAGGCUCUGACUCACCAGUCUUUGAGGCUGGGGUGUUUGGGCCACCCCAGCCACCUACCGCCCCUCGGCGACUCCCCAUCUUCAAUCGCAUCUCCGUAUCUGAGUGACAAGUGCCUGCCCAGUUCAGAUCAGCUGUAUCUCAAGGGGGCCAUUUCUCUCGUGCUGUGGGCUCCACAGGAGUCCAGGGGCUUGGGGAACUGGGGGGCUCUUGAGUAGCCCCACUGUCUUCCAAAAUGCAUAAAUGCAUUAACCCCCUCCCCUAACCCCAUGCUGGGGCAGGUCCCCAGUGUGCAAGCUCGGUGUUCAUGGUGAUGGAGGAAGGAGUGUAUUCUGGAGUGUUUUUAUCUUUUUAAAGAUGUAGCAAAUUUGAGGGUGGCAGUAAGCCAUAAGCCCUCUCCACCCAACUUCUCCCUUUCCCAAUGCUGUGAAUAAUAAUCCCCUAAUGUUCCAUCUCCAUUUUUCUAGACCCCUGAGGUUCUGGUGACAGGAGCCUCCCCUUGAGGGUCAACCCUGGUGCUCAAAUUACCUUUGAAAAGCAAGUAGCCAAAGUCAUUGCCACCCCUCCCCCCCAGCCAUUGGGCUCUAUUUAUGACGACUUUAUUUAUUCUAAUAGAUUUUAUAGUAUUUAUAUAUAUUGGGUCGUCUGCUUCCCUUGUAUUCUUCCUCCUUUUUUAAUAUUGGAAACGAUGGAGUAAUUAUUAUAAGUAUGCUAUAAUAUAUUAAUAUAUAUUAAAAUUUAUUUUUGUGGGUUUUUUUGAAUUUUUAAAUAAAAGGCAUAUGUGUGUAAACU